AACAAUAGAAUGCGCCGCCACCGCGCAUAGAUGCCUUAUUAGUCAAUAUCAGUAACAUCGGUGACAGACCAUAUUCUGGUUCAGCUGGGGUAGUUUGGGGGUGCAUGGCAAGGAUUUAACCCCAUUCAUAUUGCUUCGCCAAGAUAUUGUUCGCUAAGUCACUGCACGAUGUGGUCCAGUUAAAAAAUGCUGUGAGACGGGGCUCUCUGGAAAUGCUCUUAUGCUGCGAGAGCAGCACUUGCUUCCCCGGAGGCUUUUCUCUAGUUCUCGAAAUCUCUUCCUGUUGUUGAAAUAAUCCGUCGUCAUGUCUCUCCCAUCGUUCCUCUCAGGAGACGAUACCGACUCGGGUGCCAAUGAGAUAUCCACUCAGUUUAAUAUUCGUAUGGGGAUAUGGACGAACUGGUCUCGUGGGAAAAUCUUUGGAUCAACUGUCACGCUUCGCAGACAAGAUGCCGAUCUGAUUAUAGCGCUAACAGCCUUCUUCAUUGGAUUUGCCGGAACCCGUUUCUGGAGAAUCCUGUGUUUCCUAAUUCAUCAUUGUCGAUCCUCGCCAAAACCCCAAGAUACUCUAUAUUACCAGAGCCAGGCUAUCCUCCGAAACUCUGCGACUGCUGAAUCGGGUCUGUGGACUUUCAUCUCACUUUUUUGGACAUGGCGUAAGAGACCAGGAAAACGAUUGAUUCGAGCGAUUCUUCUUAUUCUUACGCCCGCAUUCUGUAUUGCCGCCUUCAUCAUAGCCGGUGCUUUAUUCUCCGGAAUAUCUACUUCUAUCGGCAACGAAGUGCUUGUUAGUGGUUCUACUUGUGGCGCCUUUGUCAACCCCUCCUAUGACGCUUUCCUUUGGAUGACUGCUACUUUUACAAGUCACAUCACGAGGGCCCUAGGCUACGCCCAACAAUGUUACUCGGAGACUGUACCAUCUGGUGCUAUUGAUUGCAAUUUCUAUACAGUCAAACAGAUCCCGACAAUCAGGAACUAUAACGCACCUUGUCCAUUUCAGGAUAACAUAUGCCGAAGCAAUUCAUCUAACUUGAUGCUCGACACCGGUCUCGUCAAUAUCCACGACCACUUAGGGGUAAACCUGCCUGCUGGUGAGAGGAUACUAUGGAGAAAAGUCCUUUCAUGCGCUCCUCUAGUGACUUCAGGUCGUACAAGCAACCAUUCCACUGCUGACGGAAAUUACACAAGAUAUCACUACGGUGACGUCGUAAGGACACGCAAUUCCACGGGCACUGUCAGAUAUAAUUUCACGUAUUCAAUUGAUAGCGUGGAGUCACAAUAUGCGCCUUUCAAUUUCACAAAUAUCUCGUAUGAUGGCAAUACGUACAUUCUAGCGGCUAAAGCAGAAAUGACUGCAAAUGAAACCACCGCCUCGAGUGAUCCUUAUACACCUAUCCCCGAACUUCGAAGAGACGAUGGUGAUCUCACAUUAUUGUUUCUAUCCGGAAAUUCAAUAGCUUUUAUGGAACCUCUAGAUGAUGAUUGGUAUCGUGCUACGGUCCCUUAUAGUAACAUCAGUUCAACGGUUACAAACGAGGUAAAAGACCUGUAUCGAAUGGCGGACGCAGCUUCACCGAUGGGGUGCGUUGAACAGUACCAAUUGUGCGCAGAGACUCCUAAUAUCUGCGGACCUUUGGCUGGCUUCCUUGAUGCUUACGUUGGAGCUGUAAAGCAGGUCAAUAUGACGAUGACCCCCGAUAAUGCGGGGACGGUGAACGCGAGCGUGCAGCGCCUAAUACGGUUCGGUACAAUGCAGACAGACCCUGCGGCAAAUACAGUGAGUAUGAUUACCUCGGUUCUCGGAUCCCGGGCCCUGGUUUCACAACAAACCCUUUUAAGCAACCUGCAACCUACCUUGCCCAAAGACCAAUGGAAAAACGACAUGACUCAGAUGUGGAACAUAGGGCUAGCGGCCCUUCAAGGGAUGUUCGUGGAAACUGUUUCCGAGGGCGUGGACAAGAAAAAUGCCAAAGCUCUAGCUCCUGGGUCUGAUGAUGAAUACAAUCUAUGUCAAAAUGUGAAAAUUCGAAGUUCUCGGCACAGCUCAUUCAGUCUAUUCUGGCUCAUCUUUACAUACGCCAUCGGAAUUUUUGUUAUCACGAUAUCUUACAUACUGGAACCUUGUCUAGCUUGUUUACACCGACGUCAUGGAUAUAGGGGAUAUCACCGUCUCGAAUGGCUCACAAAUGAAACACUUCAAUUACAACGUCUCGCGAACGAAGAUCCGGGGUCGGAGUUUUGGCUUCGUUCCGAUGAAGAUAUUCCGAUGACACGACAAGGCGUUCAAUUGGGUGGUUAUGAUUUACGCGAUCCUGAGCAUCCUAGGGUUUUCCCUCCGUAUUUGGCGAGUCCUGUGAAUGAAGAAGUUAUUUUGCUUCAGGGGACUAAAUACACAUCUAACGAGGGAUAGAAGUCUCCAUGGUAUAUACGGGAAGGUUUAUUUGAUUUAUGUAUUAUCUGAUGCCCUGAGCGAUGGUUUAAGGAGUAAAAAGGGGGUAUGAUUGGGAUGGAUAUUAAGACGAUGGUAAUUCCCUAAUUAAAUGUUCUUGGACAAAAAAUGUUAGAACGGAACAAUUAAAUAGUAACGAAACGAAACGGUGCAAUUCACCCUAGUCCAGUCCGAGUAUAGUACUCCGUAAGUACUCCGUAGUAGAUUAAUUGUAGAUAGAUGUGGGGCAUCGGAGUCUUAUACUAUAGGCAGGUACAAGUUGGCUAUUAAGCUUUUGCUUGGUAGAUGCAGGUAGCUUAUCUUGCUUUAUAAUCGAAAACU